CCGAGCGCACUAUGGAGCUCCUCGGGUUAGCUUAGCUUGACAGUUAGCUUAGCUUCUUAGCCAAAAUACGCCUAAGUUAUCAACACGUCGCUAAGCAGAGAUCAGAUGUGAGUGUAAAGUGUUGGGAUUGUGUGAAAAUGUGCGAAAGAACGAUAGCAGAGUACGAGGAGCCAAUAAAAGAGAAGGAGCGACAACAUCAACUACUGGACGCUGUUUUCAAGAAACAUCAAGUUGUGUUGCACAGAACAGAUGUCCAGCAGCCCCCCCAUGUUAAGGAGGAAGAUCCACAUCGCCCUUAUGUAAAAGAGGAAGAGCCACAGCCCCCCUACAUUAAAGAGGAAGAGGAGGAUCUCUGGAUCACUCAGGAGGAAGAGAACCUUCUAGGGCAGGAGGAGGCUGAUCUGACCAAGUUUCCACUGACCGUUGUCUCUGUGAAGACUGAAGACCAUGAAGAGAAACCACCUGAGUCCUCACAGCUUCUUCACAGCCCAAAACAUCUUCUCCCUGAGCAGCAAGAGCGGACCUCCAGGUCGGAGCCCCCACAUUUCAAAGAGGAGCCACAGCACCCCUACAUUAAAGAGGAACUGGAAGAACACAGCAUCAGUCAAAAGGGAGAUCAUCUUGAAGGACUGGAGGAGGUGGACGUCACCAAGUUCCCACUGACUGUCAUUGUGAAGAGUGAAGAUGACGAGGUUGAAAGGGAAAGUGAGGAGAAGAGAGAGGCGGAGCCUCCAAGCAGCAGCUCAACCCAAAACAUGACAACAAAAACUGAUGGCGACCACUUUGGAGGAUCACAAGUAAACAAGCUCUCAGCUCCACUGUCAAAUAGUGACGACAUAACCUCACACUCUCCUGACACUGAUGAGGAAGACUCUAUAGCUGACACGACAUGUCACACUGACAACACACACACAUGCCCUCACUGUGGCAAAACGUUUAAUCACCGUCGUAAUUUGACGAUACACAUGAGAAUACACACCAGUAAAAAACCUGUUUUAUGUUCAAUCUGUGCCAAAGGUUUUAUACAAAACAGUUAUUUGAAAGUACACAUGAGAACACACACCGGAGACAAACCGUUCAUGUGCUCCGUUUGUGGCAAACGAUUCUCCCAGAAAGCACACAUGAUCGCGCACACGAGCAUCCACACGGGAGAAAAACCUUUUUCCUGCUCAAUCUGCGGUAAAGGCUUCCCGCAAAACACCGAUUUAAAAGUACACAUGAGGACACACACCGGAGACAAACCGUUCCUGUGCUUGGUUUGCGGCAAAAGAUUCUCCCAGAAGGCACAUUUGAUAUCGCACACAAGAAUACACACCGGAGAAAAAAUGUUUUCCUGCUCAAUCUGCGGCAAAGGCUUCACGCAUAAUAGCAACUUGAAAAAACACAUGAGCACACACACUGGAGAAGAAAUUUUUUCCUAUUCAAGCUGCAACAAAAGCUGCUGACCAAUCGGCACUUUGUAAGACACAAGAAUACACACUUGUGGAAAAAAAAUGUCUUCUUGUUUUGUCUGAGGUAAACGGUGAAAAAACAUAUUUCUGUUCAAACCGCGACAAAAGCUUUGCCGUCCGCUUAACACUAGUAAGAACACACACUGGUGAAAAACAUUCUCCUGUUCAAGCUGCAACAAAAGCUUCUAUUACCGAUCAGCACUUGUAGUACAUGUGAGGACACACACAGGUGAGAAAGUGUUGAGUUGCAGUGUGUGUGGUGAAAGAUUCUCUAAAGCAGUGUUUUUCAACCACUGUGCUACGGCGUGGGAUACAGUCUGGUGUGCCGUGGGAGGUUAUCUAAUUUCACCUAUUUGGGUUAAAAAUAUUUUUUGCAAACCAGUAAUUAUAGUCUGCAAAUGAUGUGUUGUUGUUGAGUGUCGGUGCUGUCUAGAGCUUGGCAGAGUAACCGUGUAAUCCUCUUCCAUAUCAGUAGGUGGCAGCCAGUAGCUAAUUGCUUUGUAGAUGUCGGAAACAGCGGGAGUCAGUGUGCAGGUAAAAAGGUGAAAAUGCUUAAACAAAAAAUAAACAAAAGGUGAGUGUCCCUAAGAAAAGGCAUUAUAUCUUAAGGAAGGCUAUGCAGAGCAAAACUAAAAAUGAACUGGCUACAAAGUAAACAAUAACAGAAUGCAUACCUGCCAACUACUCCAGUUUUCCCGUAAUUAGUACGGUUUUCAUCAACCUAUUCCGGGUUACGGUUGCAGUGAUAAAAAAUACGGUUUUUCAUUAAUUAAAUAAAAAAAAUUUUUUUUUAAGAUUUAUUCACGAAAUCGCGUAACAACAAUGACAAUCGACACUGCUUCCCGUAACUUCCUAUCGAGCCAUUCCGAAUGCCAUGCGCGAGGCUAUUUAUAGCACCGCUGCCAAGCACGAGGCACCAGUUGCCAUUGUUUCCAAACGAGCGAACGAUCAUGGAAUCAGCCGGAGAAAAAUCGCAAACGAGUCUUAAACCGAAAAGAAAACUGCAGUCAUUCCGUGAAGAAUAUUCAAAAGCCUAUCCGGGAAUAAUUAUCCGUUCCAAAAAGGGUGAAAACUACGCGAAUUGCACCUUGUGCAGACAAGAUUUUUCGAUCGGACACGGAGGAAUUAGCGAUGUAAAAGACCACGUUGGGACAAAACACAAGUCUAAUGCCAUUGCUAGCGAUACAAGUGGAAAACUUUCAACGUUUUUCGUCGCCCAAACAGAUUCUUUGGAUGUGAUAAAUGCCGAAGUUUUAUUUACGGAGGCAAUAAUUGAGCAUGGACUUCCAAUAUUAUAUUAUAUUAUAUUAUACUUUCAAUUAAAAAAUUGAAGUCUUGUGAAAGGUUGACAGGAUAACUGGCAUUAACUGUCAAAAUAAUUUCAAACUAUUGAAGUUAGCUUACAGAAUAAACAUGUCAAUCAACCCAUAUGAUUUUUGCUGUAAUAUUUUUGUUUUGAAAAGUCACUGUGACUGAUAGAAAAGUGAUGGUUUUAGCAACAUUUUAACCUGUCUGAAUGAAGCCCCCCUGAACCCCCCACCAGGCCCCUGGACCCUGGCUACUAGGUUUUUCUGAUUUCAAAAGUUGGCAGGUAUGAGAAUGCUGGACGACAGCAAAGACUUACUGUGGAGCAAAGACAAUUUACAUCCGAACAUGACAUGACAAUCAACAAUGUCCCCACAAAGGAGGAUAAAAUCAACUGAAAUAUUCUUGAUUGCUAAAACAAAGUAGAUGCGGGAAAUAUCGCUCAAAGGAAGACAUGAAACUGCUACAGGAAAAUACAGAAAAAAAGAGAAAAAGCCACCAAAAUUGGAGCGCAAGACAAGAACUAAAACGCUACACACAGGAAAACAGCAAAAAAAACUCCAAAUAAGUCAGGGGGGUGAUGUGGCAGGUGGUGACAGUACACCUACUUUGAGACAAGAGCUAUAGUGAUGCAUGCUUGGUUAUGCUUUAAAGUCAUAUCCAACAAUUGCGACGGCGACUUUUUACUGUCAACUGAGUUUCGUUUUUUUUAAUACAUUUCUGCUGGUGGUGUGCCUCCGGAUUUUUUUAAACGCAAAAAAUGGGCCUUGGCUCAAAAAAGGUUGAAAAACACUGCUCUAAAGAAACAAGAGCAGCAGCAAAUGACGCUGCGGGAUUUUAAAUAAACUGUCAAAACUUUUACCUUUGACUUUCUAACUUCAGCAUUGUUGUGUGUCUAACACAAUCUUGUUUAUAUGCUUUUACCAUUUAUAGAUUCCAUUUUUUUUUUUAGAUUAAGUGCUUUUAUUUCAGUAAAGUACAUGCAAUAAUGUAAGCCCUGUUUCUUCCUACUCCUUUUCGGACAUGUUGGAAUGUGAAAUUGUAAGUAUAUGAUGUAUACACUGGAACUGUAUGUUUAAAAUAAACUAAUACCAAACAGCAGCAGCAGUAUUUAGAGGAAUUAUUUUAGUUUUACCUAUACAAUUAUUACUUGUAUACAAUUCCGGACAUUUUGGGGACCAGGUGCUCAAGCCAGAAAAAGGGU